CUUCGGUGCAGUCAUCACUCCCGGCUGGGUACCCGCUCCCUGCUGCCCUGCGCCGGGCGGGCUGACACUGGGCCUGAGGAAAGCAGAGCAGUCGGUGUGUGGCACUGUUUGUGGCGAGGCAAGGGAAGAAGGAGAGAAGAAAACUGCCCAGGAUCUGUGGAGUUUUCCAGAUUCCCCUGUCUGUCUGAACACCUUGGUGAAAGGAAUGAUGGACUUUUGGGAGAAACAAACAGGUCUUCCCAUAAGCCUACAGUAGGGCUGUUUACCACUGGAAGCAAGGGAAAGGGGGACACUGGCCUGGAACUAUGAAGGUUGGUGUGAAGAUCUGCCUGCAGGUCUGCUGUAGGGCUUGAGAUUACUGGAAGAAACAAGGAGGAAAUUGCCUCUGAUCGUUAUAGACUGGUCCACAGAUCUCAUGAGUUUAUAGAUCUACUUUAGGGUAUAUCACCAAUCAAGAGAAGGAAAGAGGAGGGAACUGCCUUGAUCAUUACAGGUCCACCUCCAGUGGCAGCAGUAGUGGCCUUUAAGUGGCUGAAGACCAACGCCCUCACAGGCCUACACCCAGACCUACUACUCUCUUUCCCCAUCCUGACUGAGAUCCCCGUACCUUGUUUGUGCCUUCAGUAGGGGUGAUUACAUGGGUCGCAUUCAGGAAGUGGGUUUGGUGACAUCAGGACUGGUGAUCUGGGCUGGUACCUGCUACUACAUUUACAGAUUAACCAAAGGAAGAGCCCAGAGAGUGAGAAAACUUGUCAGAAAUGGGUCCAGAGUUAAUAUGGAGACUGUGGUUGGGGUACAGAACCAGACCUUGGCCAUGAGUGAAGCCAUGGCUAGGACAGAGACUGAGACUAGACCCAUGGCCAAGACUGUAGUAGAAACUGGAGCAGGGGAUAGGGUUGGGGCUGAAAGAAAGACUACCACCACUGCUAAAGCCAGCCCCAAAGUCAACUCUCAGGCCAAAACAAUGGUUGAGGCAGAGGCAGAGAACCAGUCUGAGGCCAAAACAGUGGCCACAACAGUGGGCAUGACAGAGGCAGUGACUCUGAAUGAAGCCCAAGUCAAAGCUGGGGAAGUGGACAUGAAAGAGGCAGUGACCCAAACUGGUUCUGAGGCUGGGAGAUUAGUCAGAAAGGAUGCCGUAACCCAGACCAAGGCUAAAGCUUGGGCACUGGUUGCCAGGGCAGAGACCAAGAAAGCAGUAAUGACCCAGACCAAAGUGGAAGCUCAUUUACUGGCUGAAAAAGACAUGAACAAAGUAAUGGUGACACAGAGUGAGACCUUGGGAGUGAUCAGGGAAGCAGCCAAGAUGUGUGCCAUAAAUAAGACUGGAAUUAUGGCUGAGACCAAGGCAAGAGCCCUGGAAAAGACUGUGAGUGUGGCCAAGACUCAUUCUGAGGCCAGGCCUGGUAACAUAGUUGAUGCUAAAGGAAGUCCUAAUACCAUGUCCAGGGCAGAAGCUGGAGUGGACAUGAAGUCUUGUGCGUCAUCUCAAGCUGUGGCCAAGAUCCAGGUUGACAACAUGCCUGGUGCUGAGGAUGAGGCCAAGGAGAAUCACAAAACCAUGUUACAGGCAAGGUCUAGGUCAGACAUGAGGGCUUCUGCCCAGCCUCAGAUUGUAGCCAAGACUCAGGCUGAGGCUGUGCUUGGGGCAAAGGUUGAUGCUGAGGGUAAUACCAAUGCCGUUUGUAAGGCAGGGACAGAGACAGAUAUGAGAGUUUCUACACAACCUGAGACUAUGGCCAAGGAACAGGCUAUGGUGAUGUUUGGGGCCAGGGUUGAUGACAGAGGAAACACCAAUGUCACAUCUAAGGCAAUGACUGGAACUGACAUGAGGGUUGCUGCUCAACCUCAAGCUGUAGCCAGUGCUCAGGCUGAGGCUAUGCCUGAUGCCAGAGUUAAAGGUAGAGGCAAUUGCAAUGCUAUGCCUAAAACAGGGGUCAGGGAAAACUUGAGGGCCAAUUCCCAGAAUGAGGCCUUGCCUGUUGCCAGGGUUAAGACCAGAGACAAUCCCAAUGCCAUGUCUAAGAUGGGGGCUGGGACAGACACUGAACUCUAUACACAGCCUCAGGCUAUGGCCAAUGUCCAGGUUGAUGCGUUGCCUGAUGGCAGGAUUACAGUUAAAAAGAAUGUCAACACAAUGUCUAAGGAAGGGGGUUGGACAGACACAAAGGCACAGUCUCAGGCUUCCAACAAGAACCAAGUUGAGGUUUUACCUGGUACUAGACGUAAGGCUAGGAGAAAAGCCAAAAACAAGUGUAAAGCAGAGGUCAGGAUAGAAAUGAAAACCUGUGAGCAGCCUCAGGUUGGAGUCAAGACCCAAGUUGAUGCUUUACCUGAUUCCAGGGGUGAUGGUAGGGGUGAUCUUAAUGCUAUUUCUUGGUCAGAGACUAAGGCAGAACUGAGGGUCUGUGGUCAGCCUCAGACUGUGGCCAAUUUCCAGGGUAAGGCCUUGCCUGGUGCCAAGAAUAAGGUCUGGGGCAAUUCCAAUGCUAUAUCUAAGUCAGGGGCUGGGCCGGAUACAAUGGGUUCUUCCCAACUCCAUGUUGUGGCCAAUCUCCAGGAUGAUGCCUCACUUAAUAUUAAGAAUAAAGUCAGGGGCAAUCCCAAUGCUAUGUUUAAAGCAGGGGCUGGGCCAGAUUUAAUAUGUUAUGCCCAGCCUGAAACAGAUACAACAAGCUAUGCCCAGCCCCAGGCUGUGACCAUUUCCCAUGGUGAAGCCUCAUCUGGUACUAAGAAUAAGGUCAGGGGCAAUGCCAAUGCUGUGUCUAAGACAGCAGCUGGGUCAGAUACAAUAGGCUCUGCCCAGCCUGAGGUGACUAAUUCCCAAAGUGAAACCUUGCCCAGCACUAAGAAUAAGGUCAAGGGCAAGUCCAAUGGUAUGUCUAAGACAGGGGCUGGGCCAGAUGUAAGGGACUCUGCCCAGCCUCAGGCUGUGGCCAAUGCCCAGGGUGAAGCCUUGCCUGGUACUAAGAACAAGGUCAGGGACAAUUCCAAUGCUGUGUCUAAGGCAGGGGAUGGGUCAGAUACAGUGGGCUCUGCCCAGCUCCAGGCUGGGACCAAUUCCCAGGAUGAAGCCUUGUCUGUAACUAAGAAUAAGGUCAAGGGUAAUCCCAGUGCUAUGGCUAAGGCAGAUGCAAUGGCCUUUGCCCAGCCUCAAACAAAUACAACCUGUUCUUUCCAGCCCCUGGCUGUGGCCAAUUCCCAGGGUGAAGCCUUGUUUGGUAUCAAGAAUAAGGCUAGGUGCAAGUCCAAUGGUAUGUCUAAGACAGGGGCUGGGCCAGAUGCAAGGGACUCUGCCCAGCCUCAGGUUGUGGCUAAUUCCCAAGGUGAAGUCUUGCCAGGUACUAAGAACAAGGUCAAGGGCAAUUCCAAUGCUGUAUCUACAUCAGGCACUGGGCCAGAUACAGUGGGCACUGCCCAGCUCCAGGCUGUAACCAAUGCCCAGCUUGAAGCCUUGUCUCAUCCUAAGAAUAAGGUCAGGGGCAAUCCCAGUGCUGUGUCUAAGACAGAGGCCAGGGCAGAUGCUAUGGGCUCUGCUCAGCCUCAAACAGAUGCAACCUGUUCUGCCCAGCCCCUGGCUGUGGCCAAUUCCCAGGGUGAAGCCUUGCCUGAUACUAAGAACAAGGUCAAGGGCAAUUCCAAUAAUGUGUCUAAAUCAGGGUCUCGGCCAGAUACAGUGGGCUCUGCCCAGCUCCAGGUUGUGGCCAAUGUCCAGGUCGAAACCUUGUCUGGCACUAAGAACAAGGUCAGGGUCAUUCCCAGUGCUGUGUCUAAGGCAGUGGCUAAAGCAGUUGCAAUGGGCUCUGCCCAACCUCUAACAGAUACAACAAGCUCUGCCCAGCCCCUGGCUGUGGCCAAUUCCCAGUGUGAAAACCUGCGUGGUACUAAGAACAAGGUCAGGGGCAAUCCCAAUGCUUUGUCUGAAGCAGGGACUGGGCCAAAUAUAGUGGGUUCUGCCCAGUCUCAGAUUGUGGCCAAUUCCCAGGGUGAAGUCUUGCCUGGCACUAAGAACAAGGUUAGGGGAAAUUCCAAUGCUGUAUCUAAGACAGGAGCUGGGCCAGAUACAGUGGGCACUGCCCAGCUCCAGGCUGUGGCCAAUGCCCAGGGUGAAGCCUUGUCUGGUCCUAAGAAUAAGGUCAAAGGCAAUCCCAGUGCUGUGUCUAAGACAGAGGCCAGGGCAGAUGGGAUGGGCUCUGCUCAGCCUCAAACAGAUACAACCUGUUCUGCACAAUCCCUGGCUGUGACCAAUUCCCAGGGUGAAGCCUUGCUCAGUAUCAAGAGUAAGGUUAGGAGCAAUACCAAUGCUUUGUCUAAAGCAGAGAACGAGUCACAUAUAGUGGGUUCUGCCAAGCCUCAUAUUGUGGCCAAUUCCCAGGGUGAAGUUUUGCCUGGUACUAAGACCAAGGUCAGAGGAAAUUCCAAUGCUGGGUCUAAGAGAGGAGCUGGUCCAGAUACAGUUGGCUCUGCUCAAUUGCAUGCUGUAGCCAAUUCCCAGUGUGAGGCCUUACUUUGUAUCAAGCAUAAGGUCAAGGGCAAUCCCAGUGCUUUGUCUAAAGCAGAGACUGGGUCAGAUCCAGGGGGCUCUGCCCAGCUCCAGACUGUGGCUGAUUCCCAAUGUGCGGCUUUGCCUGGUGUGAAGAAAAAGGUCAGCAGUCAUCCCAAUGCCAUGUCUAAGGUAGAGACCAGAGCAGAUAUAACAAGCUUUGCCCAGCUUCAAGCUGAGUCUAAUUCCCAAGGUGAAGCUUUGUCUGGUGCCAGGAGUAAGGUCCAAGGCAAUCUCAGUGUUCUGUCUAAAUCAGGCACCGGGCAAGAUACAGUGGGCUCUGCCCAGCCCCAAGCUGUGACCAAUUCCCAGGAAGAAGACUGGUCUGGUACCAAGAAUAAGGUCAAGGGCAAUCUUAAUGCUGUAUUUGAAGCAGAGGCAAGUGUAGAUAUAACAGGUUCUGCCUGGCCCCAGGUGGUGGCCAAUACCCGUGGUGAAACCUUGUCUGGUAUUAAGAAUAAAGUCAAGGUCACUCCUAAUGCUGUGUGUAAGGCAGAGGCCAGGACAGAGAUAAUGGGGUCUGCCCAGCCCCAAGCGGUGACCAGUUCUUGGGAUGAAGCUUCAUCUUAUACUAAGAAUAAGGUCUGGGGCAAUCUUAGUGCUGUGUCUAAAGCAGGCAUUGGGCCAGAUACAAUGGGCUGUGCCCAGCCCCAGGCUGUGGCCAAUUCCCAAGGUGAAGCCUUGCUUAAUGUUAAGAGUAAGGUCAGAGGCCAUCCCAAUGCUGUGUCUAAUGUAGAGGCCAAAGCAGAUACAACAAGCUUUACCCAGCCUCAGGCUGUAUCUGAAUCCCAAGGUGAAACCUUGCCUGGUGCCAGGAGUAAGGACCAGGGCAAUUCCAGUGCUAUGUCUAAAGCAGGCACUGGGCCAGAUACAAUGUGUUCUGCUCAGCCUCAAACAGAUAUAAUAGGCACUGCCCAAUCCCAAGCCAAGUCUAAUUCUCAAGGUGAAGCCUUGUCUGGUGCCAGACAUAAGGUCGGGGAGAAUCCUGGUGCAGUAUUUAAGGCAGGGGCUGAUCAAGAUAGAAUAGGCUCUCUUUCACCCCAGGCUGUGGCCAGUUCUCAAGGUGAGGCCUUGCUUGGUGCCAGGAGAAAGGUCAGGGGAAAUACCAAUGCUGAGUCUAAGAUAGAGGCUGGGGCACAUAUGAUGGGCUCUGGCCAGCCUCAGUCUGUGGCCCAUUCCCAGAAUAAGAUCUUAUCUGGGGCAAAGGACAAGGCUGUACCUAGGUCUGAGGCAGAAGCCACAGAAGAUAAAGUCUAUGCAAAACCCAAGAAUGAAGCCAUGCUCACUUCUGUGAGUGGCAGUGGGGCAGGCAUUCAGACCUGCCGAAAAACUCAGCCUAAGGUCCAUGACUAUUACUGGAAUGGGAUUGGUAUUGAGGAUUGGAUUGCUUCUGAGCGAUGGAUCAAAUUUAGAUUUCAAGCCAGGGAUGGAUACUGGGAGAAUAGCAUGUCCUGGGCUGAUGAUGAGAAUGAAGCCAGUAUUGAGUCCUGGAGUGGGGCUAGUGAUAAGUAUGAUAUUAAGUCCUGGGCUGGGAUAAAGGCUGAGAAUGAAGUUGGUUUUCCUUCCUGGGCUGCAGCUGGGGACCAAGCUUGUGGGGGGUUCUGGGUUGGGAGUCAGGCCAGUGAAGUGUCCUGGGUGGGGAGCAAGGCCAGUGUGGGGGGGUCUUUUUCAGAGGUUGGGGGCAUGGCCAUUGGAGGGUCUUGGAUUGGAGCUCAGAAUGAGGCCAGUGUGGGAUCUUGGGCUAGUACUUGCAACCAGGCUAUUGGUGAGCCCUGGGCUAGAAGUCAGGCCAGUGCCGUGUCCUGGGCUGGGGAAGAUGCCUUUGGAGGGUCCUGGACUACAGCUGAGGAACAGGCUAGUGGAAGGUCUCAGGAUGGGACUAGGAUCCAGGCUAAUGGAGGGUCUUGGGCUGAAGCUAUAGCUGGGAAUGUGGCUAGCAUUGGGUACUGGGCUUGGGAUAUGGACCAGGCUAGUGGAGGGUACUGGAUUGGGACCAGUGAUUUGUCUGGUGGAUCCAAGCCUAGAUUUGAGGAUCAGGCCAGUGGAAAUGUGUCCUGGGUUGUGGCUGGUGGCCAGUCCACUGGAAGAUCUAGGCUUGGGCCUGAGAAUCAGUCUGGUAGAAAGUCCUGGGCUGACACUGCUGACCAAGCCAGUGGAGGGUCCAGGAUGAAGCCUGUGGACCAGUUUGGGGGUGGGACUUGGGCUAGGGCUGGGGAACAGGCCAACAAAGGGUCUAGGCCAGGGUUUGUAGACCAGUCGAGUGUUGGGUCCUGGGCUAGCACUGACAAUCAGGCCAGUGGAGGAUUCUUGGUUGGGACUGUGGACCAGGCCAGUGCGGGUUCCUGGGCUGGGACUGGUGAUCAGUCUGGCAACGAGUCCAAACCUAGAUUUGAGGAUAUGAUAAAUGAUGAAGAGUCUUUGGCUAAAGCUGUUGGCCAGGCUGGUGGAGGGCCCAGGUUGGGGCCUGAGGACCAGUCCAAUGGAAGGUCCUGGGCUGACUCUGGGGACCAAGCCAGUGGAGGGUCCUUGGUUGAAGCUGUGGACCAGGGCAAUGGAGGGUCUUGGGCUGUACCUGGUGAUCAGGCUGGUGGUGGGGCAAAGCCUAGAUUUGAAGAGCACACAAGUGGAAGAGAGUCUUGGGCUGACAGUGGGGGCCAGGCUGGUGGAAGGUCUAGGCUAGGUCUCAGAGACGAGUCAAUUGGAGAUUCUUGGGCUGGCACUGGGGACCAGGCCAGUGAAGAAUACAGGCCAGGGCCCAAAAAUCAGUCCAAUGGAUGGUUUUGUGCUUGCAGUGGGAGUCAGGCUAAUGCAAGAGGGUCCUGGGGUGGUGCUGGUGGCCAGGCUGUUGGAAUAUCUAGACUAAGGUCCAUGAACCCAUCUAAUGGUGGGUCCUGGGCUGAUACUGGGAGUAGGGUCAGUGGAGGGUAUUGGCCUAGGGCUGGAGGUCCAGCUUAUAGUUGUUUCAAACCUGGAUUUGAGGAUCAGACCAGUGGAGGAGGUUUCUGGUCUGGUGCUAAGAACCAGGUUGUUGGAGGGCCUAAUCCAGGGCCAGCAGACCAGUCUAGUGGUGGGUCUUGGGCUGGCACUGGGAGUCAAGCCAGUGGAAGGUUCUGGGCUGGGACUGGGGAUCAGGCUGAUAGCUAUUCUGAACCUGGAUUUGAAGACUUGGCCAGUGGAGAAGUCUCCCAGGCUGGCACUGGGGAUCAGGCUAGUGGAAAAUCUUGGCCUGGGUUGAGGCCUGGUAGUGAGGCCAGUAGAGGAUCUAGGCUGAGACCUGAGGACCAGGCAAGUGGAGGGUCCUGGACUAGAGCUGGUGACCAGGCCAGUGGAAGACCCCAGGUUGGUGCUGGGAUGGAGGCCAAUGAAAGAUCCUGGUUUGGGACUAGAGGUGAGAUUACUACAGGGUCCUGGUUCAGGAGAGGGAAAGAGGCUGGUAUUGCGUCCAAACUUGGAGGUAAAAAUGAGGCCAGUAUUGAAUCCAGAUCAAGGGCUAAAGAAGACGCCAAUAUUAAGUCCUGGACCAGAUCUGAAGAGGCAGCCUGUAUGGAUUCCUGUGUGGGGGUUGGGGCUGGGGCUGGGAGUGCAGCAGAGACUAGGAAGGAGUCUUGGCUCUGGGAUGGAGAUGCAGCCACUACAGGGUCUAGGCUUGGGGGUAAGGAAGAGGGUUGCAUGGGGUCCUGGGAUUUGGCUGAGGAUGUAGAAGAGGAUGAGCUAAGUAGAGCAUCCAGCCCUGAUAUUGAGGAGAUAAGUUUAAGGUCUUUGUUUUGGGCUGAUAGUGAGAAGAGUAAUGAGUUCAGAUCCAAGAGUGAAAGAGAUGUCUAUUUUGAGUGUGGACCUGGAGAUAAGACUAGUGCCAAGGAUAACCUUGAGGCCGCUGGUGGAACUGAUGUAAGAUCUUGGUUCUGGGAUGGUAAUGAGAACAGAAGUGAGGACAAAUCUGCAACUAAAACUAAAGCCAAAAACUCAGCUGAGUCAAGAGGUACAUAUCCAUCCAUGGUCCCUGGGGCAGGAAUGGGGUCAUGGGCAGGAGCCAUGAUCUGGACGGAAAUGAAAUUUCCAUACCAAAAUGAGUCCUGCUUCCCACCUGACGAUGAGCUCAGAAAACAGAUCAGGUGUGAGGAGAAAACUCAGCCCUGGACCUGUCGCUGUAAACAUGAAGCUACUAUGGAUCCACAAGAGCUUGAAAAACUCAUUUGCAUGAUUGAGAUGACUGAAGAUCCUUCUAUUCAUGAAAUAGCCAAUAAUGCUCUAUAUAAAAGUCCCGAUUAUCCAUUUUCCCAUGAAGUCAUUCGUAAUGCAGGUAGAAUAUCAAUUAUUGAAAGCUUGCUCAAUAAUCCCUAUCCCAGUGUUAGGCAGAAGGCUUUAAAUGCACUGAAUAACAUCUCAGUGGCUGCUGAAAAUCAUAGGAAGGUGAAAACAUACUUAAACCAAGUAUGUGAAGACACAGUCACCUAUCCCUUGAAUUCAAAUGUGCAGCUCGCUGGACUAAGAUUGAUAAAGCAUUUGACUAUUAUUAGUGAAUAUCAGCAUAUGGUUACUAAUUAUAUUUCAGAAUUUCUUCGUUUGUUAACUGUGGGAAGUGGAGAAACUAAAGUCCAUAUUUUGGGAAUGCUUUUGAAUUUCUCUAAAAAUCCAUCUAUGACAAAAGACUUACUCAUUGCCAAUGCACCAACAUCACUGAUUAAUAUCUUUAACAAGAAAGAGACAAAAGAGAAUAUUCUUAAUGCUCUUUCACUAUUUGAAAAUAUAAAUUACCAUUUUAAAAGAAGAGCAAAAGUAUUUACCCAGGACAACUUCAGUAAAAAUUCCCUUUAUUUCAUAUUCCAAAGACCCAAAGCAUGUGCCAAGAAACUUCGAGUCUUAGCAGCAGAAUAUAGUGACCCUGAGGUGAAAGAAAGAGUUGAGCUAUUGUUAAGUAAACUCUGAUUAGUUAUAUGAUUCCAAACAAAUCUGAAUAAUAUUUUGGUUUUGCAGCCUGGAGGUAAUGCACAUUGUAAAUUGCAUUAUAACUUCAAAACUGAUGUUCCUUAUGAUGGAUUAUAGCUGGAUCACUUUAUGAACACCAAAUGAAUUCAAACCUGUACUGAAAAUACAUGUGUUGAUUAUUACCUUGUCUAGAUCAAGAUAUUUUUAGUAUGCUUCAUGAGCAGAAACUGACCUGAUUCUUUAUAAGUAAGGUAAUUUUUGGUCCUUUGUGUGGACUUAAUGUUUAUACAUUUGAGGGUUUAUCUUGAUAUUGUCAAUAAAGUUGUGUGUUUUAAGCAGAAAAAAAGAGA